AUGAAAACAUUCAACAACAACCACAUAUGUGCAAGGAGAACUAAAAAUAGGGCAGCAAAUAGGAAGUGGUUAGCCUCAAAGCUGGUAAAGAAAAUAAGAAAAUAUCCUAACCUGAAACAUGGAGAAGCGUCUGAUUACUUCAAGAGGAAGUGUGAUCUUGACCUCAAUAAGUCCUCUCUGACUAGAGCCUUAAGUGAUGCAAGAAACAUAGUAUAUGGAGAUGCGGCAGCACAAUACACACUUCUUAGAGACUAUGCAGAGACACUAUUGAAAAGUAACCCUGGAUCAACUAUUAAAAUAGGAGUGAAGCCGCAGCCUGAAGGAGAACCAAUUUUCGAAAAAAUGUACAUAUGCCUCGAUGGAUGCAAGAAAGGAUUCAAGGCUGGGUGUCGGCCUCUAAUUGGGCUAGAUGGAGCCUUUUUGAAGACACACUUUGGAGGACAAAUACUAGCCGCAGUUGGACAAGACGCCAACAACCAUAUAUAUGUCAUCGCUUGGGCCAUUGUAGAGGUUGAGAACAAGGAAAACUGGCGAUGGUUUCUGGAGCUUCUGUUAGAUGAUCUGGGUGAUGUAGCCUCUAACAAAUGGUGCUUCAUUUCUGACAUGCAAAAGGGGUUAAUUCCAGCAGUCUGUGAAUUGAUGCCUGGAGUGCACCAUAGGUUUCGUGUGUGGCACCUAUGGAAGAACUUUAACAAGCAGUGGAACACGCAAGAGUUAAGAACCAUGUUAUGGGAAUGUGCAAGAGAGACAACUAGGCAUGGAUUUGAACAGAAAAUGGAGAAAGUAAAGAGAAAGAAUGAGGAAGCCUGGGCCUACUUGAACAAAUGGCCAAAGGAAAGUUGGACGAAGGCAUACUUUAGUCAUGAUCCGAAGCUGGAUAACAUUUGUAAUAACGCGUGCAAGGUCUUCAAUGCAAGGAUAAAGGAGUAUAGGAAAAAGCCUAUACUCACUCUACUAGAGGAAGUACGCAUGUUCGUGAUGAGAACAAUUGCAAAAAACAAAGUGAAGCUGCAACACCACAUUGGCAGGUUACCUCCUAUUCAGAGGAGCAAACUAGAGAAGAUAAGGAAGGAGUCACAAAAAUGGCGUCCGGUGUGGUGUGGUGAUGAUGGCUAUCAUAGAUUUGAGAUUCAUGGAUUUCCAACGAACAUGGCUGUUGACUUGGAAAAGCAUAUAUGCACAUGCAGAUUCUGGCAGAUCACAGGCAUGCCAUGUGUCCACGCAUGUACUGCAAUAGCUAGACUCAAUGGGAAUCCUGAAGACUAUUGUCACAAGUGGUUGACAAUGGACUCAUAUAAAGAAACAUAUAAGCAUUCCUUGAAUCCCAUCCCUGGACAAGCAAUGUGGGAGAAGUCUCAGUAUAGUAGGCCCCAGGCUCCCAAGAUUCGGAGGAAGCCAGGUCCUUUGAAGCAGAAACGACGAAAGGAUGCAGAUGAAGACCCUUCAGGAAGUAAGAAGAGUAAGACAGAUGCAACAAAGCUACCUAGAAAGUACAAUGAGUUUUCUUGUGCUUACUGUGGGACAAAAGGUCACACGAAGAGAAGUUGCUCCCACAGAAAAGCUGAUGACAUUGCAGCUGCCCUUGCUGCUGCUGCAGCAGCUGUAAUAGCUAAGGAGAAACAAAAGGGUGCUAAUGCAGCAACUAAUGUUGCCACUUCUGCAGUAGCUGGUGUUGCCACUUCUUCAACAACUGGUGUUGCCACUUCUGCAGCAACUAAUGUUGCUACUUCUGCUGCCCCAACAAAUGCUCCUUCGGAGAUUGUGCUUUCACAGACCCCUUUCUCACAACCAGAUAAUGGAGAUCAGGAACAAGUGACUCCUACAACGAGGCCCGACAAAUUACAGCCUAAGAGGAAAGCAUCUCCAGUCCCAGGAUCAUCAAGUGUUGACCCAUUGCAAGGAGCAAGUGCUGGAACAUCUUCAAGGAUGGCUAAAUUCAUGAAAUUUGUCCCAACACCAGGAGUGAAGCCAGCAUUCAAACCUCCUAGAAAGAAAUGA